GAAACUGAUGUUAUGCUAAAGUUUCUGCAGGUUUUUCAAGUGGAAGUGCUGGGGGGAAUUCUUGUCUAUCUCCCGGAGGGAAAUUGCAAUUAAACCUACAAGUUGCAAAUCCAACUCCCCUGUCAAAUGAUGCUGUGGCAGUUGCCAUAAAUGAUGAGAGUUUUGAAGUUUCUGCAGGCUGUUCCAGUGGAAGCGCUGGGGAGAAUACUCGUCUAUGUCCUGAAGGGAAAUUGCAAUUAAACCUACAAGAUGCAAAUCCAACUCACCUGUCAAAUGAAGCCGUGGCAAAAGCCAAAAGUGAUGAGAUUUUUGGAGGUAUGCAGCACUUGUUUAAAAACCAGCUGCAAACCUAUGCUCGAAAGAGAAAUUUCACUCCACCUGUGUAUUCUUGUGAGCGUGUGGGUCCUCGUCAUGCUAGUCGCUUUAAGAGCAAGGUCACAGUAAAUGGACAAACCUACGAGAGUCAAGGAUAUUUUCCCACAUUGAAUAAAGCUGAACUUGCAGCUGCAAAAGCUGCAUUGAUGUCAUUAUUGUCAAAUGGAGUUGAGGAGGAUGGGUUUGGCUAUAAGAGUCUUUUACAAGAACUGGCUCAGAGAGAAGGUUGUGGUUUGCCAACUUAUUGGACAGACAGAUCUGGUGAAGCUCAUGCGCCUACUUUCAUUUCAAAAGUGGAGAUAGAAGGAGAGAUUUUUACAGGACAAGGAGCAAAAACUAAGAAGCAAGCAGAGAUGAGUGCUGCAAAGAUUGCAUUCACAGCUCUAAAACAGCGUUACUCAAGUCGGAGCCCUGGAUUUCUCUCUACUUCCCAAUUUCAAGAAGCUCCUCGGAGCUCACCUCUCUCCCCUGCUUGCCAAUCCCAAGAAGGUCUUCAGAGCGAAACUCCUCAGUUCUCAGUUUCUAACCUGCGUGCAGGUCUCACUGCUUAUCUUCAACAAAACGUCCAACCUAAAUUGCCCGUGCUCAAUGAACAAGCUGAAGAGUACAGAGCUCUUGAAUUGCUGGCAGCAAAUUCUGUAGUUAGCAAUCAUAAUCCCUCCAUUGCAUCUCCAGGGCAAGACAGUUGUUCAGCUAUGGCAAGCAGUACACCUUCACCUGCCGCAGCCAUCUCUUCCUCGCCUAAACAUGACUUGACUUCAUCUUCUUUGCCUUCUGAUUCCCCCACUAAUUUAGCCACGAGCUCAGGUAUCGAGUUUAUGGUCCGAGGGAUUAGGGUUCUGAUUCAUCCAAGUGGGACCGAAAUGACAUAUCCUGCAGGCAGCACCGUGUUGCCCAUCAGCGAUGACAAAUGGGCUGCAGUGGAGUUGCCACCUCAACGGAGUCGGUAAAUAUUUGUUUUCCACGUGAAUGAUGGGUGCCUUUUAUUUUUAAAUCGUUGCCCUCCAAAAUUUAGGACAACGCUAGAAAGACUUUACGUUUGUAAUAAACGACGUGGCAGCAGCUUAUGCUUGGUGUUUUAUUUGUCGUUUUAUCCAUAAUUAUAAUCCUACUGUUACCUG